AAAAAAAAAAACCAAAUUAACCACAAGGAGCGGGAGGAUGUGAAAGGAUGGCCAGGGAAAUAGACAAGAAAGAGAGAGGUGGAAGUGAAAGAAUCCUAGGGAAUUGGAGAAGGGAGAGAGAGAGAGAGAGAGAGAGUAAAUAGGAGUGUUUACUAGAAGAAAGAGAAGCUUGAAAGGUCCGAGAAUGGAAAUGGAAUUGGGAAGGAAUGAAUGAAUGCAUGCAGACAAACAGCAACACUUUUCCUUCCUGUUUGGGGUCUGCUAUUCAAGUAUCCGAAAAAGGCAAGUACCCUGAGUCACGUGGAUAUGUAUCAAUUCAGACGUUGUUUAGUAUCUCUGCCGUAUUGCCGUAUUGUUUGUACGGUUUGUAUGGUUUCACUAUCCACUCUGUAAGAUACGGGGGGUUGUUCGUGUCGGUAUUGAUUAUGACGAGACAGACGAGAUAGGGAGCUCAAUACUAUGCAACAUGACCU